AUGACUGAUGUUACAUUCACUGAAAAAGGAAUGUGAGAUAGUAUUUCAUAUAUUGCCGACAGAUAUAUGCAAGAGCAAACAACAAGUACAUGAACAGCCACAAUACUGAAGAACCAUCAAAAGAUAACAUGUACCUGGAUGCCAACAAUCUUUAUGGGUGGGACAUGAGUCAAUAUCUUCCAACUGGUGGUUUUAAAUGGUUAUGUGAAAGUGAGAUAAAUACUACAAACUAA